AUUCACCAACUCCUCCUGUACAAUAAAUGGAGAGGGGGGGAAAAAAUGCAAGAAGAAAAGGAGAGAAAAGGGGAGAAGGAAAAGAAAAGGGAGAUGGAGGAGGACAAGGAGGAGGAGAGAGUGAGAGAGAGAGAGAGGGAGAGAAGAGGGUGACCAAACGGAGGGAGGGAGGAGGGAGGGGGAAACGGCGUAUGCUUGUAUACAACCCUGAUUUCCAUUUUUUUCCCAACUCGUAAUGUAUUUAAUUCAAGUGAAACGUAAUCAUGACGUGUCGUGUCAUUAAUCUCCUCGCCGCCUCUCCCAAAAUUAAAGGAGGAGGCUGCCACAGAAGUGUGUCCCCAAUCAGCCGAGACACUAAAGAAUGGCAUAACAUCACACGCACUGCUGAGGAUGGAUUCUCCGCCAGAAUGUGUGCUGUCUCUUUCUUGUGAGCAGCCCCAGUCCCCCCCAACACUGCCAUCCUUGGACCACAGCCCCCAGGCCUCCUCUCCUCACACCCUGCACUCUUUACCCGACAGCCCUAUUGUCUUGCCCAUCCAGAGCCCUGAACCUUCCCCUCAAAGCCUUGACACCACACCUAUCUUUCCCCUCUCUCCUUUCCCUAUUCACGAGGACAACAACAAUCACCAUGACGUUGAUGAUGAAGAUGAAGAGGAAGGGCUGGAUGGAGUUCCUCCUUCCCCGACCCCAGCAGUUGCUUUGUUCCCAGGAGGAGGGGGACAAGACGCUGCUUGCAGCCCUUGUUUGGACUCCUCUCCCCCUGCCACACCAUCAGCACCAGUCCUUGGGUUUGGAGCCCUGGAGCUCGCACUCUCAUCAGGGCAGAGUGGAAACUGCAAUGAUGAGCUAGACCUCCAGCUGUUCCAGAAAGAUACUGUUACCAGGGCGAUACCUGGAGUGGGAGGGGCCUCAUCAGGGCCUGCGCUCAGGUUUCCUUGUCAUGUUUGCGGGAAGAGAUUCCGAUUCCAAAGUAUUUUGUCUCUUCACGCCCGAGCUCACAGUCUGGACAGAGACCGCCGAGCUUCAGCCCUAUACCGGACUGGACCCCCCUCAGCACCCCUCAAGCAGCAUCUCAAAAUCCAACAGAACCACAAAGACAUAAUCAAGAAUCACAGAAGCCACCCAAACCAGCGCUUACUGCCAGAGACUCUAAUCCAGCAUCUCACAGAAGAGGAGGAUCUGGAUGGUGAGGUCAAAGGUCUUGAUGGUGGCCUACAGACAGAGCAGAACCCAAACUUUUUACUGGAUGACAGCACACCAUUGACCCCUCCACUCACAGAAGACCCCAUUUCUGUUACCUCUCCCUAUUCUUCUACUAUUUUGGAGGGUGCGUCUACUCCCAUAGCACCUACGUUUCGAUGCCAUGCUUGCAAAGGAAAAUUCCGCACGGCUUCAGAGUUGGCGCGCCACGUCCGCAUUCUCCACAACCCCUAUAAAUGCACUCUUUGUCCUUUCUCUGCCAGCCAAGAAGAGAGCCUGGCAUCCCACUUGCAGGAGUGCCACCCUUCCCCUGACAUACCUUCUCUGCCAACAGCCUUCAAUUCAAGGCCGGUCAUUGCAACCCCUGACACUCCAGUUCCCACCCCAACCCAUACCCCAGCCCCAACCCCAAGUACCCCACAGCAGACACCAGCAGCCACGGUAGCUGCUACCCCCGCACUGCCAGCAUUUCGCUGUGAAACUUGUGGACAGCGGUUUACCCAGUCGUGGUUCCUGAAGGGACACAUGCGUAAGCACAAGGACUCGUUGGACCAUAAGUGCCAGGUAUGUGGCCGUGGCUUCAAAGAGCCUUGGUUCCUCAAAAACCACAUGAAAGUACAUCUUAACAAACUUGGGCUGAAGGCAGGGUUGGGAAGCCUUGGGGGCCAGGUUGGUGCUGAUCACCAGGCCAAAAGCUCCGCUAGUAAUCAGUCUCUCAACGCCCUCUACUCAAGCCUUCUUCUGGCACAACGAGGAGGUGGCAGAGGUGGACAAGGACGAUCGGACACUGGAGGCAGAAUGGGAUUGGGCUCAAGCAAAUCAGCCAUCCUGGGCUAUCUGGGGUUGCCCAGUGAUGGUAGCGGGGCUAGCUGCAUGGAGAGACUUCAAGCAGUGGCUCAGGUGGCAGAGAUGGGCAACGGUGGUGGUGGAUCAGGAGGAGGAGGAGCAAUCAGAGGAGGGGGUGCAGGCGAAGCUACAGUAUCAGUUUCAGAGGGAGGGGACCAGGCAACUUGGUGGCAGUUGGUGGCUCGCAGCUUGGCAGUAGCUCAGCAGCAGCAGCAGCAGCAGCAGAGGCCCCAUCAGCGAGGUCAACAGCAAGAUCAACGAGGCCAAGGUCGGAGCUCAGUGAUUACAGAGGCUGAACAAGUCAGAGCAUACCUCGGAGGCUUGGAUCCAAGAGACGAGUCCGGAGGAACAGGAGGACCAUGGGAAUGCCCAGAUUGUGGAAAGUUAUUCCGCAGCCUGCAACAGGUGGUGGUCCAUGCUCGGGUCCACACUCAGAGGCCUCCGAAACGAGGCAGCAGCGAGGAAGAGGGGAGCGGUGGUCGUAGAGGAGCGGGGCUCGGAAGAGGCGGGGGCAGUGAGUUAAGACUUGAUUCUCAGCUGCACAGUAGUGGAUCCCAACAAACAGGAGAAGUGAGGCAGGAAUCAAAACUGCACAGUGGUGGAUCACAACAAGCAGGAGCAGCCACAGGGUUUCACUCUGUCAUCUCAAGCUUCAAAGGAGAAAAUGGCCUGACUACAGUCUCCUCCAUACCUUCAGUUCCCACCAGGGAGCGAGUGCGCGGUAGAGGGAUUAAAGACUGCCCCUACUGUGGUAAAGCCUUCCGCUCUUCACACCAUCUUAAAGUGCACCUGAGAGUUCACACAGGUGAGAGACCCUACAAAUGUCCCCACUGUGACUAUGCUGGCACCCAAUCAGGCUCGCUGAAGUACCACCUCCAGCGCCACCACAGGGAGCAACGCAAUGCCUUGGCAGCCUCCUCCAACUCCUCCUCCUCCGGCCUCACCUCUGGUUUAAACAGUCUGACCUCUGGAACCUCUGGACUGGCCAAGCAGCGCAGAUCCCAGCUCAACCACUGCCCAGUCAACCGAGGCCAAACUGACUCCCCCACCCCUCGGCCGGGCCAGCAGUCCUGGCUCCUGGGGCUUCCGGACCAGCGGGAGCAUCGGAAGGCCCUUGCAGCUCUAAGGGACGUCGACCUGGAGACCCAGUACAGGUAUCUGUCUGGGGUGAUGGGGGCCCUUUAUCAGGGUGGAAUAGAAGGGGGCUGGAUCAGGGAGUCUCCUGCACCCAAGGCCCCAAAAGUGUCCCGCCGUAAGCCCCUUACUACUAGCCGGAUGGUACAGCCAUCAAGUAACAAAGAAGGAACAUCAUCGUCAACUCAAGCGGUUGGGUUUGAACCGCUGGAUCUGUCCCGUCGCACCUCUCCAGGCCUUGGAGGGAUGGAGGAGGAUGGGGGCAUGAGUAUUUUGGAAGGAGGAGUUGUUGCUGGUGGGGAUAGCGGAGGGGAUAGUUCAACAGGGGUCAAACUGAGCCAGUGUUUGUUCUGCCCCUUCCGCACAUCCUCAGCAGAGCUCAUGGCCAUGCAUCUCCAGGUCAACCACACCAGUAAAUCCAGGCGCAAAAGAGCCCCUUCUACUACCUUGGAUGACGAGGGAGUCCCAAAAGCCCCCAAGCCACAGAGGGAGCACUCUGACCUGGACUCUCUGACAGUAUGGAGGCAUGCGAGCGAAGUUGAGUCCAAGGCACCCUUGGGGGAAUGGUCCUCACCUCAGGCCAAGACCCUGAAUGGGCUCUCCGAAGUAAGAGGAGAACAUCUGGACGAUAUCCUCAACCACUCAGACUCCAACAUGGCCAGCGAUAGUCUCAUGGAGAAGAUGGAGGGCAAUGACGAGGAGCAAGACGAAGAAUUGGAAGAGAAUUUGGAGAACAGCAGUUUGGAGGAUUCACAGGACCAUGAUCUGAGGAUGUCCCUUGCUCUUUCACCAGCUCUGAGCUCCAACCACAUGAUGGAGGAAGAGGAACAAGUCUUAACAGAUUAAAACGACUGUGAUGAAACCGUCUUCAUCGGAGAGAUUGGUUUGGUGAUUUCAACUACAUUCAACACAGAAUUCAAGAAGGGGGCUUUGCAGUGAGAAAAGGGAUUUACGGUCAAAUACAUAUUUGCACCUUUACACUUAAAUGUCUGGAGGAUUCUUGUCCCCUGAGAUUACAAAGAGGAUGGAGAGAUAAAUCAGUGCUGUUGUGCUCUCUGUGAUAUUAUUCCUCUACCUUAGUUCUGACCAUGGUCAACCACAAAGUUAAUCCAAAUCUUUUGGGAUUUCGGAGGCCACUUUUGGGAUUUUUUUAUUCCAAGUCCACUUCAAGAUAGGUAAUCUGGAUGAGGACCACCUCUUUGAUGAAUGGAAGAAGGAGAUAACUGAGAUCUACGGCAGAUCCUGCAUCAUUCCACAUGCAUUUAUUCCACACUACUAAUGGGCUGUAUAUCCAAGACUACCUAACUGACCAAUGUAAUGCCAGCUGUAAAAGAGACGCUCUCCUAUAUGACUGCUGACAGUUUGAAACCUCAACCUUCAAGUUCCUCCACAGCCCACAUAGUAACAAGGAAAGUUUGGUUCCUAUAAGUUUCAGGCUGUGGACCUUGGCUAAGCUAUUUGGUAUUAAUUUAAGGUAUGAGGUAACAGAUGCAGACAGUAUGCUCUCCCUCAACUUAUUAUCACUGCCUUGUUUGUCUGAAAAGUCUCUAGACGAUUGUCCUUAAGAAAAACUGAGAUAAGAGUUUGUAACAUUUCUUUCUUUUUUCGGUUAGUGCCUGUUCAUGUAUGUUGUUAAGAGAGUCUCUGGUUGUCCCUCGCACCGAGGCUCUGAUAGGUCAUUUAUUUUAUCUGAAUAUACAGUUUAAAAACAGUUUAAGUAACAGUAUAUUUGUUCAAAGUGGUUCUAGGGUGUUGUGAAUAGUUAAGUUGUAAAAGAAAAGCUACUUCGCAGCGUGACGGUAGCCACUUUUGGUUCAGCUUGAGAAGAAGAAAAAAAGCAGUUGAUAUAAAUAAUGUAUAAUGUGAUAAAGAGGUCAAAGGCUGAGCAGCUAGAGGGGGUCAAAAUUCAGCGUUUACAAUGGUGGAAAAGAACAAAACACAAUGUGGGAGUCUGGCUGUAGGGACACGGCUCGAGCCCCUGAACACAAUCGCCUGACACACCUUUUUAAAGAGACAGAGACUUAGUAACUGUGUCAAACGAGGAACAAGUUCUCUUCGUCUCCACGGGAGAGGAGAUACGGUAGAGAACGGAAAAGAGAGCAGUACCCUGCCUAAAUCUGAAAAACAAACAGUACUCUCGGGGUACGGUGUCUUUUAGAUGACUAGAUCCCCUCUCUUCUUCUUCUUUUAUAAGAAAAGAAAAGACAAUGGUAGGAGUUAUUAUUAAAACACUAACAAAUGCAUAGACAUCCCAGUAGAAUAUGUGUAGCUUUUGUAAAGACAAGAAAAAAAAAGCAGACUUUUGUUUAUUUUCAUUUCAAGAUGCUUACAGAAAAAGGUUAUCAAUAUAGGUAAUAUUGAUUAUAAUGUUUGUGAGCUAAGACUAGUUGGAAUGUCUAUACAGAGCACUGUGCAAGGUUUGAGUUCCCAAAGUAGUUGUUUUUAUUUUGACUUUAUGGAUAGACCAAACGUUUUUUCAAUGGAAGUUAUCACUUUCUGUUGUCGUUUUAAAUGUGUGAAGCUGUGGUUUCAAUAGAUCUACUCCAUCGAUUAGCUGUAUCGGUCGAUCCGUUGACCAGAGUCUCAAGUGUCCAACCGUUGAACUGGUUGUUAAAGAAAGUUCAGAUCAUUUCUGUGCCCACAACAACACAGAAUAAGUUGAAAACAAUCAAACCUACAUGAGAUUCUUUGAUUUUGAAGGUCAAAAAAAGUGCAAAUGUGAGGCAGUAAUGUCCCCUUAGACAAGCUAACAACCACUAUUUAUGUACUUGGACUUCUUCUUGAUGGGGUAUUCUAUGAUUGCGACCAUACCUUAAUGUGCAUUAAUGUGUUUCAGUUCUUUUUUAGAGCACCUUAUGAGUUUAGUAGUGAAAGUCCCUUAGUGGUGUCUCCUUAACAACUACUGUCAACGCCAUCGUGCCUUCUGUUUCAAGCACUUCCUGGUGUAUUUUGUAAAACUCACCAAAAGCACUUAGCCUAUAUCUACACACACACACUCUUCUUUCCUCUGUCUCUGACCUUUUUCUUCCCUCUUCUCUCUUUUCCAUCAUCACCUCAGCCCAUUUUCCUAAUCUUUUUCUCGUGUCUUUACCUCCUGACCCCUCUCUCUCUCUCUCUCUCUCUCUCUCUCUCUCUCUCUCUCCUUGGGGAGGCCGUUCAAACCAGAUUUCUCUGUUACAAUUCAGGCCAGUUGGGCCUUAAACAAGGUCACUAGGCCUUAUUACAAUCUAGCAUGGCUAGACUCUUGAAAGAAUAGACUACCUAACCUUUAGAUGAGUUAAGAAUGAUAUAUAUAUGUAGGGUUAGACUACUUUUUGGUCUUAAUACUAACCCUUGUUAAACCAAAGCCCAAGUUAAGCUCCAAUGAGUAUUGUAUUUAAUCUUUAAGGUGCCAAAACAUGUCCAAUGUGACACUAAAACUUGAUAAUUCACCUCUCUUUUCUCCUUUUCUUCAACCCCUUUUCCCUCCUUUAUCCCUCCGUCAUGCUUGCUCUUCCUCCACGCCCCUCUCUCGUCCGUCAGCAGUCAAUCUCUAGCACCACUUGAAGGUGACGUGUACUAUCUGGUAUCGAGGCCUUUAUUAGAUUUUUAUUUCAGUUCGUGUGGUGUUUGUUCAAUGCCGUUGAGAUGGAAAAAUGCUCUUCUUAUGAUGAUGAUAAUUAUUGUUUUUGGCAUUAUGGUUAAAAUGACAAAAAAAAAAAAGAAGAAAAAAAAACAAGAGAACUGUGUUGUUGAAUGUUGUACAGAUAGCACUAGAGAUGUUGUGUUUUUUAAAGAGAGCACAAACCUGAGCGAUGGUCCCUUCGACUCCUCCCACAGGCAGACGGGAAUAAAACAGCCUGCCAAUCAAUCGAAAUGUCUGAUGACACAAAUUUCCUCGGCGAUGACAGAUUUCCAACAAAGAUUUGGAUGUUUUCUCUGGAGAUUUGAAUGUAAAAAGGAAGCCUUCGACUUUUUUUCCCAAAAUUCUUGCACAGAAGAAUCCUCUUUAAGAGAUUAAAGCAACACUGGAGACAAUAUUUUUACCCUUUGAAGGGUAAAGUAUGACUAUUUGAGUGAGAGUCAGACAAAUACAUGGGCCACUUUUAAUCUGUCCGUACUGUGAGAACGUUUGUUUAAGCUGAGUUUAGCGCAAGUAUAUCUCAAACAUAGGCAGCAGCUAUUCCAAAUAUAGUCUUAUUUAAACUUUCUGUUGCAUUCGCAUGAAGUUGAAGAGAUGCUGCUAUCCCUUUAAGAAGCAAGAUUUCACCAGAAGUCUGUUUUCUGAUUGUGCUACUAACAACAGUGGAGGAAUUAAAGCUAUUAAAUGGGAUAAAAUAGUCUCAAACUCCUCUGUGUUAAAGCUGCUGUUGGUAGUCACAGAGUAAACAUCUGUUCAGAGAGAGGGACUUCGAAUGUCAACACUAUCCCUCCCGACCAG